UUGGGAUGGGGGAACCUUCGGCAGAUGCGUCCCUGGAUCCUCUCAUACAGUGUGAUAUCCCACACGCCGGCUAUUCAUAAAUUUUCCCAAAUUUCGGUGUCUUAGAUCUGCAUUAAAUAGUCGUAAUUGGCCCGCUGCAUGUCUCUAGACCCCCAAGUGUGACGAGGCUCGGGUCGCAGAAACUGGAUUUACCUCCACGAUGACUGUCAACGUUGAGCAAAAGGAGCCCAUCAAAGCGAUCGUUAUCGGCGCCGGUCUCGGUGGUUGCGCCUGCGCACUCGCGCUCAAGCACCACGGACACUCGGUCGUCGUCUACGAGAGGCUGAAGGGGUUCCGACGACUGGGUGACUCUCUAGGCUAUGGAGAGAACGCGCUCAAGUUGCUCGAGCGCUGGGGCGGCAGCUCGCUGUACAAGCGCCUGACCAGCAUCGGCAACCAGGCCCCCAACAUGCAAAUCCGACGGUGGCAUGACGGUAAGAUCCUAGCCCAGCAGCCACUCAUGGAUAUGGCGGGUUACAUCGGGCACCGCGGGGAUUAUCACGAGGCCUUUAUCCAGGCCGUGAAAGAUGCCGGUAUCGAGAUCCGCAUGGGCUAUGAGGUGGUGACCUACGACGAGUCUAAGCCCAGCGUCACCUUCGCUGACGGUACCGAGGACACGGCGGAUAUCGUAGUGGGUGCCGACGGGAUCAAGUCGCGUGCUAGAGAGCAGGUCCUGGGCUUCGAGGACGCACCCAAGAGCAGCGGGUAUUCCUGCUACCGGGCGUAUUUCCCCGGCAGACACCUACGGGAGGACCCUCUGUGCCGCGAGUUCGUAGACCACGAUUGCGUCAACAUCUGGAUCGGACCGGACACGCACCUCGUGCAGAACACGCUGCGGAACGGAGACGAAUUUAACUGGAUCGUCACGCGGAAGUUAUCGCACGAAGCGGACAUGGUGAUCAAAGAGUCGUGGUUUCAGGAGGGCAACAUGGACGAGGUCAAGAAGUCGCUGGAGGGCUUGGAUCCUCGCAUCCUCGCGGCCGUUAAUAAGACGGAGUCCUGCCUCGACUGGAAGAUCUGCUACCGCGAUCCCUUGCCCACGUGGGUCUCGCGGAGCCACCGCAUCGCGCUGCUAGGCGAUAGUUGCCAUCCCCACCUACCGACGAGUGCUCAGGGAGCCAGCCAAGCGACAGAGAGCGCAGCUGUGCUUGCGGUCUGCUUGAAGCUGGCCGGAAAAGACAAUGUGCCGUUAGCAACGCGAGUGUACGAGAAGAUCCGGUUCGGGCGAACACGACAAAGCCAGACGAACGGGGCGGACCUGCGGGACCGGUGGCAUAACGCGCUCAAGCACGUAGCAGAGGGAGUGGAGAUCGACCCGGAUUCGAUCAAGAUGCGCAACCGUUGGCUGUACGCAUACGACGCCGAGGCCGACACCUACGCGCGCUGGGACGAGGUGUCAGCCCAGGUGGCAGAGGAGUUGAGGACGGGAAAUAUCACGCCGCUGUGCUAACUGGCCCAGUGUUCUGUCUCUUGUUUCGCCUUUCUAGGGGAGGCCUGCUCGUGCCUACGCCUACCUCAUUAUAUGGUCUAGUUCGUGUAUCUGUA